GUGCCGACUGUGACUCCCUGCCACCUCUCGCUGCUGCCAAGGCUCAGCUUGCGCUACGGCACGGCGGCCAGGGUCUCCGCAGUGCCGUCCGGCACGCGUCGGCUGCGUAUUGGGUUUUUUGGACAAACUGCCUCCAGCUUUUGGCACGCCGUGAGCCCGCCUUUGCUGAACGCCUGUCGGCAUUCUUGGCGGGCAGCGACUCGCUAUUACUUGCCCUGGACUCCCUUCGCCUGGCCAGCCACUCCUUGUCCGUUGCAAGUUUUCAAUUGCCUGCAUCGCAUGACUUGUCGCGCAUGGAUUCCCUCCAACAGCAUGAUGAUUUUGACGUCUCUGUGCAGUGGCGCAGCGCGGCAGGGAAUGCCACGCCGAGCAGACGCUCACGCCCGGCGGGGCAUGCGACUCGCGGCCGGGCCCUUGAGCCAACGGGCAUCCGCGAGGAGUUCGCGCAAAGCCGGCUCAGGUCCGGCAGCACUGACAUGGGCUUCGCCGGGCAGCUCGAGGACCGACGCGGCAAGCGCUCCCUGCGCAGCCACGGAAAUGUUACGCCACGCCGCUGGGAAGCGCACUCUGCUGCAUGCCACCCUGGUAUCCCCACGUACACGCACGGGGCAGCCGCAGCCCUGCGCGGCUGCGACUGCUUUCGGCGCUGA